GAGUAAUUUUAUCCCACCUCUCUUCCUCCUCUUCUUUCUCUUUCUUUGUCACCUAGACGGUUAGUGUCCCUCAUCGUUUUCGACACACGGCGCCGUUGCUUACAGAGUCCAACGCAGACCCCGUCUUAUUAGAAUAGAGUGAACUAGACGUCCUUGUUCGACUCCGGCCUUCUCGAGCGUAUAUCACCCCUUUUUACAAGUACAUCAACCAUAGACACUUCAAAGGUACGCAUAUACCCACCUUCCUCGUGUUCUCUCAAGCAAGUCUAACAGUCUUAGAAUGCAGAUUAACGCCAUGCCCGCUGUUACCGCCUCAGCCGUUCCCGUUACCUCCCCUGCUUCCCUCAAGGCCGCUGUUGCUCCAGCAGCUGGUCAAUUCGACAUCUCAGGUCUUUUCAUUGCUGACAAGGCCGCUCGCGAGUCUUCCGCUGCCUCUUUGGCAGCUGUCGCCCAAAAGGAUGGCCCCAAGGCACUCCAAUCUGUUGGCUUCACGGAUGCCGUCGUCAAGGCACUUGGCGACAAGAAGUCACCAGCUGCCCGCGAAGGCGCUGCCAACGCCGUUUCCACCCUGGUCAAGUCAGGUGCCGCAAAGGCUCUUGAGCCCCUAUUCAUCGACUCCGGUCUCUACGCUGCUCUGCUCGAUACCUUUGCAGACAAGAUGCCUGCUGUGAAGAACGCGGCCGUCGAGGCUGUCCGGGGAUACGUCGCUGCGAUGGACCCCUGGGCCGCUGGCCUUAUUCUUCCUGCUCUUCUUCACGAAAUCAAAACGGCUGGCAAGUGGCAGAUGAAGACUGGUUCUCUCAUCGUCCUGAACCAGCUCAUCGCUUCUGCCCCAACCCAGACUGCUCGUCUCACUCCCGAGAUCGUCCCUGUUCUUGCCGAGGCGAUCUGGGACACCAAGGCCGACGUGAAGAAGGCCGCUCGUGAUACCCUCGAGAAGGCUACGGCCCUUAUCUCGAACAAGGACAUAGAACGCUUUAUUCCUGCUCUUAUCAAGGCUCUCAUUAACCCCGUUGAGGAGGUCCCCAAUACUAUCGGUCUCCUCUCGGCUACCACAUUCGUUUCUGAAGUCGAUUCUCCUACUCUUUCGCUCAUGGUUCCUCUCUUGGCUCGUGGUCUUUCCGAGAAGUUGACCGCUACCAAGCGUAAGGUCGCAGUCAUCAUUGACAACAUGGCUAAGCUUGUCGACUCUGCUGUGACCGUCCGACCCUUCAUUCCUAAGCUUCUGCCUGGUCUCAUCAAGGUUGAGAGCGCUAUGGGUGACCCCGAGGCACGCAGCGUCGUCGCUCGUGCUAUCGCUACCCUCCGCCAGGUCGGUGACGUUCCCCACGGUGAUGGCUCUGAUCUCCCUCCUCUCAAGAAGGCGGAUGAGAAGCAUGUUGCCCACAACCUCAUUGCCAUCUACAAGAAGGCCAACGCCGACCCUGUCCCUUCCGUUGCAAGCGUCGAGGUUAUGUACGUCAGCAACCUCGCUGCCAACCUCGUUAACGACAAGAACUUCGAUCUCGCUGAGUGGCAAGCCCUCGCACCCUACCUCGCUUUCAUCUCCACCCACCCCGACCCCAUCACUAUCGUCAACGAAUGGGUCGUUCGUUCCGCUUCUCAAGAUGACGACGAUACUGAAGUCGCGGAGGACGAGGAGGAGGGCGAAGAGCUUUGCAACUGCCAAUUUUCCCUUGCUUAUGGUGCCAAGAUCCUCCUCAACACAGCUACCCUUCGUCUUAAGCGUGGACACCGCUACGGUCUCUGUGGUAGGAACGGUACCGGAAAGUCUACCCUCAUGCGAGCUAUCACCAAUGGCCAGGUUGAGGGCUUCCCCUCUCCCGACGAAGUCCGUACCUUCUACGUUGAGCACGACAUCGAUGGUAGCGAGGCCGAGACCGCCAUCCUCGAGUUCAUUUUGGCUGACAAGCGUAUCGAGGCUGACAAGGAGGAAGUCAUCGAGACCUUGGCCUCCGUUGGUUUCAGCGACGAGAAGCAGAAGCAAGCCAUCGGCUCUCUGUCCGGUGGUUGGAAGAUGAAGCUCGCACUUGCUCGUGCUAUGCUGUUCAAGGCCGACAUCCUCUUGCUCGAUGAGCCCACUAACCACUUGGAUGUUGUCAACGUCGCUUGGUUGGAGAACUACCUCACCAACCUCAAGACCUGUACUUCCAUCAUUGUCUCUCACGAUUCUGGCUUCCUCAACAACACCAUCACUGAUGUCCUUCACUUGAACCGCUUCAAGCUCAAGCGCUACAAAGGUAACCUUGAGGCGUUCAUGAAGCAGGUUCCUGAGGCGCGCUCGUACUACACUCUGGAGGCCGCUGAAGACUACCAGUUCAAGCUCCCCGAUCCUCCUCUGCUCGAGGGUGUCAAGACUAAGGAGAAGAGUUUGCUUAAAAUGCGCAAGGUUGGCUUCCAGUACCCUACCCAGCCUGUACAGCAGCUCUACGAUAUCACUCUCCAAAUUUCGCUCUCGUCUCGUGUUGCCGUUCUCGGUCCUAAUGGUUCCGGCAAGUCCACCCUCGUCAAGCUCCUUAUCGGUGAUUCGGAGCCGAACAAGGGUGGUGAGAUUUGGAAGCACCCCAACUUGGUCAUCGGUUACGUUGCCCAGCAUGCUUUCCACCAUAUCGAUAACCAUCUCGACAAGACUCCUCUCGAGUACAUGUUGUGGCGUUACCAGACCGGUGAGGAUCUCGAGGAGAUGAUGAAAGCCAACCGUCAAAUCUCCGAGGAGGAGGCUCAGAAGAUGAAGGAUGGAGGUGUCGUUGUUGUUGAGGGUCAAAAGCGUAUUAUCGAUGAGAUUGUCGGACGUAAGAAGCUCAAGCAGUCUUACGAGUAUGAGGUCUCCUUCAAGGGUCUCAGCUCUUCCGAGAACAUUUGGCUACCCCGUGACGACCUCAUCAAGCGUGGUUUCGAGAAGAAGGUCCUCGAGGUUGAUACUCGUGAGGCACAACGUCUCGGUCUUCUCCGUCCCCUCGUUCGUCGGGAGAUCGAGAAGCAUUUCGCCGACUUCGGUCUCGAGCCUGAGUUCGUCUCUCACAACACUAUGCGUGGUCUCUCCGGUGGUCAGAAGGUCAAGGUUGUGCUUGGUGCUGCAACCUGGCGUCGUCCUCACGUCAUCUGCUUGGAUGAGCCAACGAACUACCUCGAUCGUGAGUCGCUCGCUGCCCUCAUCAAGGCACUCAAGGAGUUCGAGGGAGGUGUGCUCGUCAUCACCCACAACCGUGACUUCUCCGAGUCGCUUUGCACUGAAGUUUGGGCCAUGCGUGAUGGCCGUCUCGAGGCUUCUGGUCACAACUGGGUUGAGGGCCAGGGCGCCGGACCACGUAUCGACAAGAAGGCGGGAGAUGAGGAUGAUCAAUAUGAUGCCAUGGGUAACAAGAUUGAGAACAAGAAGCAGAAGAAGCUCACUGCUGCAGAGGCACGUAAACUCAAGAAAGAGCGUAUCGCACGCAAAAAACGGGGUGAAGAGAUCACUGACGACGAGCUCUAAGCUGUAAAAAUUCGUACAUUUAUUUUUCUACUUGCUGUUCGUCAUCCUUUGCCUUGGUUGUUGUAUUGGUCUACUGCUGUGUUUCUAAUCGGACGUGCCUCUAUAUCCUUACGUUCUACUAUGUACUCUUGUACCCUAGCGUUCUAAUUUACGACUUCAUGACUCUGAUCAUAUCACCUCGUGUGUGUGCUUGAGC